ACGGGCGCGAACUGUGCGGGUUAAUCUCAUGGCAACCUGCGUCGGCGUAGAAUCUCUCAUCAGAGGAGAUUUACACCGCAUGAUCUAGCGUGAACGCAUAUGGAGGCCGUCCUGUGACGGGAGUUCAGCGUUAUCUGCGAUCUGGGGGUUGAGCAUAUUGGAUUCGCCAGCAAGCAUCUCGCCAUGGGCAUCAGAGGGUGUUGGACUUGCAGAGAGCGCAAAGUUCGAUGUGAUUCGCAUUGGCCGAGAUGUGGCAAUUGCACGAAGGCGCGCCGCGUCUGUCAAGGCUAUGGGAUCCAGCUGUCCUGGCCUCGACAUAGCGACAGAAAGAGGGCAAUCAUCUCACGAGAUACGCGCCGCACAGUCAAUACCCUUCCAUCAAAUGUCAAGGGGUUUUUGAAUACGUCUUCCUGGGAUAUAUCGCUGUCGGAUGAGCUAGAGAAGGGAAGGAUUUCUGCUCGCUAUCUCCGGACGAUGAGAGUCCCUCGUCCGACCUGCUUGUCGCCCAUUGUGCUGAACAGGGAAGAGUCGCACUUACUGGGGUUCUUCAACGAAUCAAGAUCACUCAUACUAGGACCUACCGACGAGAAGGUUCUGACACAGUUUAUCUUGACCGUUGCCUUCUCAGAUCCUUCCGAUGCGACCAAUCCAGUCCUGCAAGGCGUGUUUGCUCUCGCAUCACUACAGCUUCACGGCAGUUUGGAGAGCUUUCGCUACAAGCGCCAUGUCAUGUCCUCAGUUAAAGAAUCGAUCAACGGGCUCGACGAGAAGACACUGCUUCAGACCUUGAUGGCAACGAUGCUCUUGUAUCAUUAUGAGCUUUCGCUCGAAUCAAAUCGCAAAGGCAAUUGGGUCAUAUUUUUAUGCUUAGUAAAAAAGAUCAUCAACACGUCACCAGCGAUUCAAAAGCUGGUUCGGCAAGAAUAUUCCGUCUUCCUUGAUUGGAUCUAUUAUCACGAGGUUCUCGGAGAGUUCACAGUCAGGCAUUGGAAGGUGCCUUAUGAAGGUUGCAGCUGGGCACCAACGGCAAGAUCACCCAGAACCAUCAACGGAAGUAGCCCUAAGAUGGAAAACACCAUCGGCUGUCCAACUGAUGUGCUCCAGCUCGUUGUACAUACAUGUAGACGAGCUCUAGUUGCGAACCACUCCGAAACCAAUCAUGCGAAUGCUGGAAUAGAACGCAUGAAUAUGCUGGAACAGAACAUUUCCAUGGUGAUAGGAAAUUGUGGCCCAAUUCACAUACCAUCUGCGACCCAAAUGGACCGAAACAUGAUGGUUGCUGAUCUUCAUCGACUUGCGUGCUUGAUAUACGUCAAUCGGACAGUCCAUUGCGUUUCGGGAACAGAGUUCCGUCACAGGCGACUUGUGAGAGAGGGAAUACUGCUGUUGACCAAAAUGGUCACAUGCCAGAAUGCGUGGCCAUUGUUCAUUAUCGCCUGUGAAGCAGUUGACGAUGCUCAACGCCUUGCUAUCCUGGACGUCUUCGAACAAAGUCGGCAAGAUCGAAGACAAAGAUCAAGUCACAUUCAUCUUAUUCAGCAUAUGGUUGAGGCUGUGUGGAAUCAGCAUGAUCUAAAUGUGGACAACCAAGUCGAUUAUCUAACAAUCUUCAAUGCGGUUGUUGCUGGAGUUCCAUUCAUGCCACCAUUUGCUUGAAUUCAGGUAGACCCAGUCGACUUCUGGACUAAAACCACUCAUCAUGGUUUCCGUGAUGUGACAAAAAUUUCCCACUGUUCGCUUCUGUCAAGCUCCGAAUCACCUGAAGCUGAUCGGUGACCGAUUCGUUCACGGAAAUAGGACCAUUGACGCUCGGGCUAAGCUUUCGAAAUGCACUUAGCACGAAUUUACGUACAGCCGGGUCGCCUGUGACGGCUCUAGCUGUUUCUGAGUCAGUCAUCUGUGCCGACAGGAUUUGCCUUGCGUAUCGACUGACCAGCAUCUGUGUCC